ACUGCAGGGGGGCUGCUUGUGGCUUCCAAACGCCGGCAGACGCUGGAGACGGCUCUCUGGUGCUGGGUGUGGAGUGAGGCACCACCCUUGCCCUGCAGCCUGGGGCAUUCAGUGGCCAUGGCUCAUGCCCCAGAACCAGACCCGGCCGCCAGCGACCUCGGGGAGGAGAGGCCCAAGUGGGACAACAAGGCCCAGUACUUCCUGAGCUGCAUCGGGUUUGCUGUGGGGCUGGGGAACAUUUGGCGGUUCCCAUACCUGUGCCAGACCUAUGGAGGAGGGGCCUUCCUCAUCCCCUACCUCAUUGCACUGGUCUUCGAGGGGAUCCCCAUCUUCCACGUCGAGCUCGCCAUCGGCCAGCGACUGCGGAAGGGCAGCGUCGGCGUGUGGACGGCCAUCUCCCCGUACCUCAGUGGAGUAGGGCUGGGCUGUGUCACACUGUCCUUGCUGAUCAGCCUGUACUACAAUGCCAUCGUGGCGUGGGUGCUGUGGUACCUCCUCAACUCCUUCCAGCACCCGCUGCCCUGGAGCUCCUGCCCACCGGACCUCAACAGAACAGGGUUCGUGGAGGAGUGCCAGGGCAGCAGCGCCGUGAGCUACUUCUGGUAUCGGCAGACACUGAACAUCGCAGCCGACAUCAAUGACAGUGGCUCCAUCCAGUGGUGGCUGCUUCUCUGCUUGGCAGCCUCCUGGGCAGUCGUGUACAUGUGUAUCAUCAGAGGCAUUGAGACUACAGGGAAGGUGAUUUACUUCACAGCCUUGUUCCCUUACCUGGUCCUGACCAUCUUUGUCAUCAGAGGGCUGACCCUGCCGGGGGCCACACAAGGACUAAUCUACUUGUUCACUCCCAAAAUGCACAUUCUCCAGAGCCCCCAGGUGUGGCUGGACGCAGCCACCCAGAUAUUCUUCUCUCUGUCCCUGGCCUUUGGAGGACACAUCGCUUUCGCAAGUUACAACUUGCCCAGGAAUGACUGCCAGAAGGAUGCGGUAGUCAUCGCCCUAGUCAACAGCAUGACCUCCCUGUACGCGUCCAUCGCUGUCUUCUCCGUCCUGGGGUUCAAAGCAACCAAUGACCACGAGCACUGCCUGGACAGAAACAUCCUCAGCCUCAUCAAUGAGUUUGACUUCCCAGAGCAGAGCAUCUCCAGGGACGACUACCUGGCGGUCCUCAUGCACCUGAACGCCACCUGGCCCAAGAGGGUGGCCCAGCUCCCCCUAAAGGUCUGCCGCCUGGAAGACUUUCUGGAUAAGAGUGCCUCGGGCCCGGGCCUGGCCUUCAUCCGUCUUCAACGAGGCCGUCCUCCACUGCCGCGGGGGGCUCCUGCGGCGGCUCCUGCCUGCUUCCUCUUCGCCACCUGCUUCCCGCUGCAGUCUGGGAACUACUGGCUGGAUUUUCGACAAUGUGCCGUUCCCUGACACCUGCUCAUCUUGGCCUUCCUCGAGGUUGUGGGUGUCGCUUAUGUUUACGGAAUGAAACGGUUCUGCGAUGACAUUGCAUGGAUGACCGGGAGGCGGCCCAGCCCCUACUGGCGGCUGACCUGGAGGGUGGUCAGUCCCCUGCUGCUGCUGACCAUCUUCGUGGCUUACAUCACCCUCCUGUCCCAGAAGCCACUGAGCUACAGGGCCUGGAACCCCAAAUACGAGCUGUUCCCCGCGCGCCAGGAGAAGCUCUACCCAGGCUGGGUGCUCGCCGCCUGCGUGCUGCUGUCCUUGCUGCCCUUGCUGUGGGUCCCGGGGGUCGCGCUCGCUCAGCUGCUCACCCGGCGGAGAAUGUGGAGGGACAGGGACGCGCGCCCGGACACCAACACGAGCUGAAGUUGCCAGGAGUGGGACAGGGCCGGGGCCUGCAUGGGCAGGUCUGGUGGUGGGCGGGGCCCCGCCCACAGGGCCCACCCCAAUACACCAGCGACGCCGCCCAAUACACCUUGA